GGAAAAUCUGCAGCUUUUGAUUCAGGGAAAAGAAGAAUAUUGUUCUGUAAUUUGUCACUGUUACAAGACAACAUUCAUGCCGACAGCAAAUGCAAGCAAUACAGCAACUAUGACUUCUAGGAAACCACAGCGGAAUGGAUCUUCUGUUUCGCUGCCAGAGUUCAACAUUGCAUUACUAGGAGUACUUGGGGUAGGAAAGUCAGCUUUGACUGUCAAGUAUCUGACACGGAGAUAUAUAAUGGAGUAUGAUCCCUAUAUGGAAGAUACAUAUACAAAGCAUGAAUGUAUAGAUGCACAAGAGAUCAUAGUCAGAAUAAUGGAUACUUAUGAUAGGGAGGGUUCAGACCCUGAAAGAUAUUUGCGUUGGGCAGAUGGCAUCAUAGUAGUAUACAGUAUAACUAGCAGGCAGAGCUAUGAAGAAGCCAGGAACUACAUUUGCUCAGUUUUGAAUUAUCAGAAUAAAACAACAAGAGAGAUUCCACUGGCAUUAGUAGGGAACAAAAUGGACCUAGAACGAUAUAGACAAGUCAGUAAAGCAGAAGGCUCAGCACUUGCCACAGAGCAGGAAUGUUUGUUCUAUGAGACCACAGCAGCAGAGGAUUAUCAGUGUGUAGAGACCGUCUUUCAUGGAAUUGUUAAGGAAAUUCAGAGGGAGAAAGAGAGACAAAUGCCUUUACAACCUUUAUUUAUUACUGAGGACAAACCUUCUGGCAGUAUUUCUCUUGGACCUGGCUCAACAGGAAGCUUACAAAGACCUGGCUUCAGGCGAGCUAAAUCGCCAAAAAGUGAAGCAAGAAGUGAAAAAGACAGUGCCCGUGGAGUACAUAAAAAAUCUGUGCCAAGCUUUAGAAUAUUCAACAAAAGUUUCAAAAUAUUUAAUUGAUCUCUUAAAUGAAGAGGUAACAAGAAAGGUGUUGUUCCAGCAGGUUUCAGUGUUGAAGUCAAUUACAUACAUAAGAUAGAUUUUGACAUCACUCAUAUAUUUUUGUCUUGAUAGAAUUAUUUGCUGCAAUGCAACAGAUUACUAUGAACCUAUUUUAUAGUAAAAAAUGAAAUUGGCAGUCUUCAUAAUGAAAGUGAAAAAAUCCUGGUUGCUUACUUUAAAUUAGUGGAGGUUUGUUUUCAUACUUUCAUACUUUUCAUACUAUUUCAUCUGAGGUAGAGUGUCACCAUUGGUGUAAUUGCCUCAGUACUGACAUUUUAUAAAAUUACAUCAGAAAGCUGCAGUCAGAUAUAUAUAUAUUUCACAAUGGUAGACAUUAAGAGCAACCAUACUAUCUCUUACAUUAUCUUAAGCGUCAUAAGAUUACUUCAUGAAUUCAUCAUCAUUUUAUAUAGAGCAUAAGGAAGGCUGUUUUGUUUUUUUUUUUUCUAGUUAUUAAAGAAUUGUUCAAGAUCACUUUCUUUGUGUAAGGAUGUGUAUAACAUUUGGACAUGUUCCAGCAAAAAGACAAACCAUUUCAUGGAAUUAGAAUUUAUUGUCACAUUAGAAAUAAUUUUGCUUUUUAGCCUGCAAAUACAUGCCAAUUGUAUGCAUCAUAUUUAAAAGCAUUCAAGUAGAUAUCUACAGCUUUGAUGCAUCAUAUAGUUGCCAAAUGAAAUAUUUAAUAUGUUCAACAUUUUGAAAUUCUUGUUACUUUCAAAAACUUUUAGAACACAACUUACUUUUAGAACACAACUUAUCUCAUUAAACCUUGCGUCAGCAACUGCUUGAUCAAAAAACAAAGCAAUAUGUAGAGCGUUAUAUUAUUUGGAAAACAAAGCAUUGUUUGUCACAGUAUCUUACUCAAAUUAUUUUUGUUGCAGCAGAAUUGUGAGAAAUGUAAAAGAACCAAAUAAUUUGUUUCAGGUGUAUAUGGAUAUGGUGAAAUGUGUCUCUUACAGAGAAAACUGUUGAAAUUAAAAUCAUUACCAUCAUGAUGUAUUUAUUUUUAUUUAAUUUGUGGGACCAAUUUUGUGAUUUCAUGUUUAUUCCUUUUCACAAGUAAAAAAUCAAUUUAAUUAAGGUCCUCAUGCGCCAAAGUUUUUUUUUUUUCAUUAUGUUAUGUGCACUGUUAAUUUAAAGACUAAUGUACAACCUCAUUGUCAUUUUUCAUGUGUUUUGUUUCUUCAUUUAGUAAAAGUUUAUAUAAGUAAUAAAUGUCACACUGUUCA